GUUAAAGUCAUUCAGAGCGGUUUGAUGUGAAAUGGUUCAUUGUACAGAAACAUACUGACUCUGAUUUCUUUACAGUGCUAGUGAAAAGAACCAAGGGUCACAAUGUCUGCAACACAAAUAUAGCCAUUUUAUUUACGAUCCAAAAUGACUAGUGAAGCUACGCGUCUUCUGAGUUUUUAUAUAUCAUAUUGAUGACGGUAAAAUGGUGCUAAAUCUGGAAAAAAAUAUUUUCUUUGGGAACCUGAAUAUAAUAGUUGAAUAGACAUCUUUUAAUCAUUAAUUUAUUACAUUAAUCUCAAAACUUCAAGCACUGUGUCAGGUAUCAGGCAACUCGUUUGUGAUAACUUGCUGUAAGGUAGCUUUUGGAGACGUUUUGGUAGCUAUCACCACCACUGUAAACUAUUGGGACUUGAUAAAGUCUCUCUGGAACGCAGAAUUUCGCUUUAAAUCACUGAAUGAAAUAUGUAUUUGUGCAAAGUUUGUUUCUAAAGAUUUUCACUGGAGCCACCAGGCUAAUAUAUUUAACAAGUAAUAGAAGCCUGUAUCAUUGCACAGUUCUCCUAAAUGUAUUGAGCUUUUAAGUCAUCUUAAAUAGAUUUGUUUUCCAACACUAUGACAAACUGCUGUCUAUAAAAAUGGGAAAAAGCAUAGAUGAAAUCCAGGCCUCAAAAUUGCUGCUACUCUGUAUUUUUAAUAGAAGAUUAAGCUGCUAUUGGGGUUAUUGAGCUUCCAUUGGCUUGUUAACUUUUUCAUUUUACAUACACAAAGUGCAAAACUAAGCAAGCAAUAGUCAGACACCAAGCGUGUCUCAGUUGUUUGACUAUUUUAGGGGUAAGAGAAUAACUAAAUUAACUACUCAUGAGUUUGAUUCCACAUGGGCACAACCAUUUAGAGCAAAUUUGUGCCCCACUUCCUCUGUGAUAUUGCUCUGAGGGGGGUGGAGUGAGUGCAUGUUUAUGUGCUUAUGAGGGAGUUUUAUCAGUGUGACCCAGCUGUGUCUCCACUAGCCUGUCACUGGUGUGAAAGAGUACACACUCCUUCUGUAGGCCCAUUUUAAAUUGAAGUCACUCGUCAUACUGUGCGUGCUGGAAUGAGACGCGUGUUGGUCCUGGUUGUGCUCGUUGUGUUGGGGGCUGAUGUGUACGCGGCUCAGGACGCGUGUCCGCAGGUGUGCUCCUGCAGGGCCGGUGUGGUGGACUGCAGCGCGCGGGGACUGACCACUGACAAACUGCCCUCAUCUUUCCCCACUGACACCAUUGAGCUCCGUCUCCAUGACAACCUCCUCACAUCGCUGCCUGCCGGCCUGCUGGACCCGCUGCCGGCCUUGGAGCGGGUCAGCCUGCACGAGAACCACUGGACAUGUGACUGUGCAGUACUUUAUCUGAGGGAGUGGCUGUUAAAACAGCACAGCAAUGCACUGAUCAGGAAUGUGAGCUGUGCUUCUCCUCCCAAUCAGCAGGGGAGGCUGGUGGCGUAUCUGGAUGAGGAGGAGGUGCUGAGCUCGUGUCACAGUUGGCUGUGUGACCUGGCCAUUGCCUCUCAGAUCAGCCUGUUUGUCUUCAUAGUUGUGCAGGUACUCCUCCUGGCCGCAGUCAUCCACUUCCUCCGCCGCUUUGACCGGCUGACCUGUGAUGCCCGCCGCUCGGUUCAUAACGAUGAAGCCUCGGAGGAAGCUGUGCUACUGAAGGACAGAGAUUCCUGAGAAACUUUACUGCACUUUUUCUCAACAAUGGUCCUGGAGUGCUCCUGACCUGCACUUUUUAUUUUAAUUAUUUUCUUUUUAUUUGGCUUUUCAGAUUACAAGGAAUGCAGGGUUAACAUUCCAGAUGCUGUAAGCAGCCGAAUGGGUGGGGAGAGGUGGGCCUCUAUAUAUAGACAUACGCAGCAAUGUAGGGUAUGUUUAGUGAGAUUUAAGUAAGACAUUGGGGUAUAAGAUGCAAUGCAAAUAUAUAACAGACAAAAAAAUAGUUGUUUCUCCUUGUUGUUUAUAAAGGAGACCAAAUUCAUGCAAAACUUUCUAGGUUAAAAUGCAUGUCGUAUGUUAAUUUCUCCAAAGAAUCAGAAUCAGAAUCCUUUACUGAUCCCAGAGGGAAACUGCAGUUGUUACAGUUGCAACCAUUUAUGUAAAAGAAUAAACUAAUAAUUUGGAACAAAAGAUAAAGAGAAUUUGCAAUAUGUACACGAGAUUUAAGUUCUUAUGAAUACAGUAAAUUGGUGGUGACUGAUAAUAAAUAUUAAACAUCUAGUAUAAACAGUUUAUUGUAUCUCUGAGUUACUGCACACGUAAUUAUUAUUAUUACACAUAUGAACAGUACAGUACAAGAGAGGAAUUUUAAAGAGGAAUUCCAACAUUUGUUGAAAUUGCCAUAAAAUUAAACCGUUAACGUGUAAAGUCAUUCGGAGAGGUUUGAUGUGAAAUGCACCAUUCAUGAGAAUGAGAAUUGUUCACAGUGGUGGUGAUUGUAACCAGACGUCUGAAGAAUUUAAAGCCUGUGAAAGCUACAUCACAGAAAAGUAUGACAUGAACUGGUUACAUACAUUGUUUUACAAAAUCUUUUGGCCUAGAAUAUAUAUAUUUUUAAUAUAUUCAUGGCAGAAUGAAUAAUCUCCAAAGGAAAUCAAAUUUUUUCGUUUUUUCGCUACUUUUUUUUCUCCUCAUGUAGCUUCACUAGUUGUUUUGGACAGUUAAAUAAAAUGACUACAUUGGUGUUGUAGACAUUGUGACCCCUGGUUCCUAUCACCACCACUCUAAAGCAAUUGCUAAAUUUCUCUGCCUUUAAGUAUUUCACAUCAAAGCAACAUGAAUGGCUUUGUUUUCAUCACAAAGACUCAAUUAUGCAGAAAAAAAAUAAUUAAUUGGUGGAAUUCCCCUUUAAACCCAUCUUAGUAGAACUCAGGAACUCAGGAAGGCCUUGUUGAUUAGCUGAUUAGUAGGAUUAGCCGUGUUAGAGCUAGAGCUGGGCAUCGUUCAGUGUUUCGAUACUGACAUCAAUACUGAAACCUCUUAAAAGUACACUCUUUAAAAAGAUGGUUCUUCGGGGUUUCUUAGGUAAAGAACUUUAUAGAAUCUUUUGGAAAAUGGUUAUGUACUGUAUAUACACUCACUGACCACUUUAUUAGGUAACCUUGCUAGUAAAAGUUUUUCCUUUUGCCUUCAGAACUGCCUUAAUUCUUCUUGUCAGAC